AUGUCUUCUCAAUUCGUUCUUGCUGCCGUUCCAGGCUUCGGUCUGGGUCCAGGCAACAUUAAGUACACCGACCUAUCAGGCAACACAGUCGACCCAACUCCCCAGGAACAGGAUUACUUGAACAGAAUGUACUUAGCACUGUUUCCUAACAGGAUCCAAGCAAAUGCGGCCUGCGAACUCUUGGCAAGAAUUAUUGGUUAUGAAGGUGAUGUUUUCGCCAAGGGAAGCACGAAGAAGAAAAACCACGCAGAGGAGAACCUCCUCAAAGAUCUCGCGGGCCAGAAUGAUUCUGUGCAGGCCACAGUCUACGGCAUGUUUGUAACCCUCGAACCCUGCCACAGUGGGCGAUACCCAGGCCACAGCUGCAGGGACUUCUUCCAAGACGGGAGGGAGUUCACGGCUCACUACGAUGAUGGGACACGCAGAAGAAUCAGGGGGCAGUUCCUGCCAAACCCUGACACUAGGCACACACGGUACACGCCUAUCUUCAUUCUUGAGAAGCAGCUUGCUAAGGGUGAGAAGAGCGCGCUCGGGUCGGUCAGGUCGUUUGGCCAGGCUUAUCGGAGCGAUAUGCUGAUGCUCAACUUGAGCGAGAUUCCGAGGGGUUAUACAGAGGAAUAUGGACGGAAAAUGCGGUGGGACCAAAGUGAGCAGCAGAGUGCGGGCGCGGUGACGAGUGUGUCUGUGCCUGAGCGCGCUGAGGGACAGACUGGCAGUCGUGGGAUGGGUGGAUCGGGUGAUAGAAGCCAGCGAAGAGGCGCGACAAGAACGAAGAAGUCGAAAGGAAAGCGGCGUUUCUUCAAGUUCUGGCGACUGUUUCGGAAAUGA